AAAACAUUGGCGCAGCCCGUCCCGAUCACUAGCUUCGUUCAAAUACGCAUUUUCACAAACAAAUUGUUAGCAUAAGUUAAAGCUUCGAUUGCUGCCUGACAUCUUUCGUGCCCCUUUAUACGAUUCGCUCAAUGAGGAAAGUGUUCGCCACUCUCAGCCGUCAUCACCGUUUCACAUUGCUCUCCACUGCACUAAACCAUAAUAUACCUGUUGAAAUUAUGAUGCGUCGUUCUAUUUCCCUAGAAGUUCAGAUGGAUACUGGACAUCCAUUUUACUUGCUGCAACAACAUCUGUUUUCUACGGGUUUUGCCAGUGUGCAUGGUGAGAGGCCUUCUGCAGAGUAUGCCAAAUUGAGGAAGGAAUCACUAGAAAGUGAAUUCGGGCAUACUGUUGGAACGCACAGCUCGAAAAGUAUUUCUGCUGUCUACAGAUUUGGCCCAUUUCUGGCUUUGUACAGAGCAGCAAUCAUUUCAUAUCAUGUGUUGAAGUUGACCAUUUGGCAAUUCUUUUUUCGAGACAUAAAAGAGCGUGCGGUGAAGUUUCGUGAGAUGUUAAUUCGCUUGGGUCCUUUCUAUGUUAAGCUUGGGCAGGCUUUGAGCACAAGAGCAGAUAUAUUGCCAUCUGUCUAUUGUCAAGAGCUUGCUAAGUUACAGGAUCAAAUUCCCCCAUUUCCAACCCAUAUUGCAAUAAAAUCUAUUGUGACUGAAUUGGGUAUUCCAGUUUCUGAAAUUUUUGCUGAUAUAAGCCAAGAGCCUAUUGCAGCAGCAUCUUUAGGACAGGUGUAUAAAGCUCGCCUUCAUUCUGGAGAACUUGUAGCUGUUAAAGUGCAGAGGCCUGGUAUGUCACUCUUGUUGACCCUUGAUGCACUGUUGUUCCAUAUGAUUGGGGGCCAAUUAAAGCGAUUUGCAAAAGCUCGCAAGGAUCUGUUAGUUGCUGUAAAUGAAAUGGUAAGGCACAUGUUUGACGAAAUUGAUUAUGUGUUGGAGGCUAGAAAUGCUGAACGCUUUGCCUCUCUUUAUGGUGUCUGUCCUGGUGAUAGCCAUACUUGUAAUCAAAAUGCAAAAUAUAUGAAUGCCAUCAAAAACAAAAAUGGAAAGGGAAUUAAAGUGCCAAAAAUAUACUGGGACCUGACACGAAAAACUGUUCUUACAAUGGAAUGGGUAGAUGGAAUUAAGCUCACAGAUGAAUCUUCCCUGAAGAAAGCAUGUCUAAACCGAAGGGAACUGGUUGAUCAGGGAGUGUACUGCUCUUUGAGACAAAUGCUUGAGGUGGGGUUUUUCCAUGCUGACCCACAUCCUGGAAACCUUCUUGCUACUAGCAGUGGAUCCCUUGCAUAUAUUGACUUUGGGAUGAUGGGGGAUAUCCCUCGCCAUUACCGUGUAGGACUUAUUCAAGUGCUUGUGCACUUCGUUAAUCGUGACUCUCUGGGAUUGGCAAAUGAUUAUCUUUCAUUGGGAUUUAUUCCUGAAGGAGUUGAUAUACAAUCCGUGGCAGAUGCUUUGAAGGCAUCUUUUGGGGAUGAGACUCAGCAAUCUAAAGACUUCCAGAGUAUAAUGAACCAGUUAUAUGAUGUGAUGUACGAUUUUAACUUCUCUCUUCCCCCGGACUAUGCUCUUGUGGUAAGAGCUCUUGGUUCACUGGAAGGGACAGCAAAAGCGCUUGAUCCUGAUUUCAAAGUGGUUGAAAGUGCAUACCCAUUUGUGAUUGGAAGGCUUUUGGCUGAUCCCAAUCCUGACAUGAGAAAAAUCUUAAGAGAGCUUAUCAUCCGUAAUAAUGGAUCCAUUAGGUGGAACCGCCUAGAGCGCUUGGUAGCUGCAAUAUCAGAACAGGCUUCUGAAUCAUUGGAUAAACAUCCCAAGAUUAAAGAAAACCACUCCCCUCCGUCAGAAUGGAAGUCAUUUGACAUGCAUGCAGUUGUUGAUGCCACAGAAGAUCUUCUGCAUUUCAUUCUCUCUGAGAAGGGUCUAGUGGUGCGGGUUUUCCUCCUACGGGAUAUAGUUCAAGCAGCCGAUGUUUUUUUGCAGGACGAAUUUGGUUGUAGGCUAGAAGCUGAAAGCAGAGCAAGAGGAACUUCAGAAUCUGAGGAUCAUGCAAUGAUGAAGAGAGUGACUAAUGGAUUUAGGUCUCUCCAUCAAGCAGUAAAGUUGGCCCCUGAGAUAUGGAUAGCAAUGUUGAUGCGGCUUGCAUUGAAGCCAGAAGCCCUUAGCUUUUCUAUAGACAUCAUAUCAACCGUCUCGUUGCACGUCGGCAACAAAUUCCCAGAUACUUGUUGGGUUUUUAUGUCUAGACUAUGUCACAAGUUGACCAAAAAUCAUGGACCUGACCCUUCAAUUAGAUGAUAAUUAAUUUUUGAA